UCUGAACGCUUGUGUUUCUAGCGCCGCUUGCAAACCCGAAAUCGUCAGAGCAGAGCGAGCCGGAGGAGGAAACCGCCAGUUUUUACGCAAAAGAGGAAAAAUACAUUGCAAUCGAACUAAUCCAAAUAGCCUGGAAACAUAUAAAGGAGUUGAUAAAUACAAUAUCAUUCGUCUUGAUUGAUUUGCAUAUCCAUUCCUUCUCCUCCUUCAUUAGCCUUUCCUCCCCCCACUGAGAAUGGCAAGCGGGCACCCCACUGACAAAUUCACUUUCUUGUACCAACCAGACACCAGUCAGAACCUGAAGAGUAAGAAUAGACUGUCUUCCACUAUGAACCCCGUUUAUAGUCCCGUCCAGCCCGGGACACCCUAUGGAAACCCUAAGAACAUGGCGUACGCCGGAUACCCAUCAGGCUACCCCACCACAGCCCCUACCUACACACCUAACCUCUACCAGACAGGGAGUCCAGGGUACCCACCAGUGCUGCUGGUGAAGCAGAGCUGGCCCCAGAACCCCUCCGGCCCCGGGGCCGCUGACGGCUCCUAUGACCUGGCCGUGGACGCGGGCUCUGAGAGCAGGCAGUACCAGGCCUCGUCUGCAGCAUUCAGAUACACCGCCGGGACGCCCUACAAAGUGCCCCCCACCCAGACCAAUGGAGCCCCCCCACCCUACUCCCCAUCCCCCAACCCCUACCAAGCCGCCAUGUACCCCAUCAGAAGUGCCUUCCCCCAGCAGAACCUCUAUGCUCAGGGUGCUUACUACACACAGCCUGUGUAUGCGGCCCAGCCGCACGUAAUCCACCACACCACGGUGGUGCAGCCCAACAGCAUCCCCUCUGCCAUCUACCCUGCGCCAGUCCCUGCCCCGCGCUCCAACGGCGUGGCCAUGGGCAUGGUGGCCGGCACCACGAUGGCCAUGUCAGCAGGUACCCUGCUGACCACUCCUCAGCAUACCCCUAUAGGAGCGCAUCCAGUCACCGUGCCAACAUACAGGCCCCAAGGAACCCCUGGGUACAGCUACGUGCCACCUCACUGGUAGAGCUCAUCUACCCUAUCAUAUCUGGAGUCCAAACAUCGUAUGCAACUACUCAAGUCUUACAUGGGCGCUCUGUGAUCACCAUGGAAACGCCACGUCUGUUUGCAAGAACAAAAGAAAAAAAAGUGCAAGGGUCACUUUAUGCAUUCUUGAGUGUUUUUGUAAAAGCUGCUUUUUUAUUUUAUUUUUUUAUUUAAAGUUUUGUUUCUGAACAUUUUUUUUCUUUUGUUUUGCCUAUCAGUUGUUGCAGUUUUUUUACAAUCUUCAUCAUUAUUUCCAGAGAAACUCCAGAAUGAUUUCGAGCAACCACAUCUCUUAAGUGAUCUGUUUAUGUUCCGUAAUGGCGCUUGUGUGUAGCUGUGUGCUAAGACGCGCAAUGUCGUCACCAUUAUGGUUAUCAUCAUAAUCAUGAACUUAUGCUGCCAAAUUUUCUAACUUUUAGAUAUUAGCACAGUUUUUCUUUUUUUUCUUUUUUUUCUUUUUUCUUUUUUUAAUUUAUUUUCAGUUUUGUUUUCCUUAUUCUCUCUCAGAGUGGUCUGGGAAAGGUUGAGGUAUUUUUUGUUUUAAACCCGUUUUUAUUUUCGUGAAGUUUUUGUUUCCCCCUCAGAUUUCUGUUCAUCCUCCAGUACUGAUAACAAGGGUGUCUUCCAGCUUGUAGCUGUUUAUUAGGUAGAUUUGUAUUGAAUAUAUUCGCUGUCUGGCAGUGCAAAACGUGGUUUUCAAUUUCAUUAGGUAUCGGAAUACUUAGUUUACACCGAGUAGAGAGCAUUUUUUGAGUAAGCCAGUUUGUUUAUUAGUCAGCUUCUAAAUUAUAACGCGUAUAUAUAUUUAUAAUAGGUGUGUGCAUGUGUGUGCUCAUGCCACGCACGUAAAUUGCACGUAGGCACAUUCAUGACAAAAACACACACGGCCCCCCACUCCCACUCUUGCUACACACACAUUACACAUAACAUACUCAUGUGUAUGGGUGUGCAGUGGGUUCAAGGGUUGAACAUUAAGCAGGAUCUCUGUGUGCGUGUGUGUGUGUGUGUGUGUGUGUGUGUGAAUAUCUGUUUGUGCGUGUGUGUGUGUGUGUGCGUGUGUGUGUGUGUGUGUGUGUGUGUGUGUGUGUGUGUGUGUGGCACUUAACUGGACUUUCAGGUCUGAUUUCAAUCUAAUAAUCAAAAAAGUGAAUCUAAAAUGAGUGCCAAGCCCUGCGAGGACAUAAAAGGGGGGGGGGUCAGGUUGUAACCGAGAACAUUCAGGAAAACGGCAAACGCGUCAAGGAGUUAAAGGGAUGAUAGUGGAUUGGGGAGGGGGGAGGGGGUUCAAAUGGGUUUGGUCAGAACAGAACUCGAUACCAGAUUAGAGCAGAGGUCCACAGAGAGGUGCUGAGGGUGGUCCACAGCUCCCCUCUCCCCUCUCUGGCUAAUAGACCAGUGGUACAGCACUGACCCACGUCCUCUGUGGGAUGCUGGGUUAUGGGUGGGCUUUGUUGCACAGAGUGAAAUGUGUAGCGUCUGAGAUCAAACCAGUUCUUAAAUGCAAUAAUAAAGUCUGCCUUACUGGCCCAUAACAGUAAUGAUAUUUUGUAAAAAGAGCAGAGAAGGGGGGAGACCAAGGAUAGUCAUUCUGUGAACUAUUCCAGGAUGUCCCAGUAGUCUACCAUAAUAUACCCAGAAAUGACUAUAGUACAGUACAUAUCAUAAUAACCUUAUUCAAUAUGUGUGAAGAAGCAUUGCACAAUGAUAAAUAAGACAAUAAGUUCAUACAGUACAUAGGUACAAGGUACAUUAUUUUAUUUAACAAAAUGUUAAGGAAAAAAAGAACAACUCUUUAGUAUGGUACCCUUUAGUCACAAUAACGUGUUUGUAAGUAAUUCUCAGCGGACAGCAUCAAGUAUUCUUUUAAUCAUUAAGGCAAAUUAACCACUAUUUCAAUAUCUCAAGCUCAAGAAAGGUGAUGUUUCUAAGUGGAGUAGCCUAGGCGUACAAGUGAACCAUAUUUGUCUGUAACAUUGCAUGGGUCAUGCAAAAGAAUGCAGUAUAUAUACUCAAAAAGAGCAGCUUUGUGCUCUGUUGCAAAGCAUGGUUGCAUCAAGUUGGAUUGCAGCUUUGGGUUGUGCUGUCAAAAAUCUUUCCCGAGCAAUCACAUUCCCUCUAUAGCUACAAGAGAAAGAUGGAGAGAGAGCGUGUCAAAGCAGGGUGAAUUAAAAAAAGAGGCACUAUUAUCUGGAGUAUGUAAUGUUUUAGAAACAUUCCUACUGAAUGGGAGCACUUUGCGUACAGAGAAAAAUGGCAUUCCAGAAGUCUAAGAACAACUACAGCGAUGCAUUCUAAAACUGAAUUAAAUUAUUUUUGUUUGGGUUUUGUUCUGGGUUGAAAACGAUUCUGUUCAGAUUUAGUUUCACUGCAGGUGAUUUUUCCUUUUUUAAGAAUAGGUUUGAGCUGCCUCACUGCUGGCAAAGACGGGGAGGACUCCACUUUUACGAGCACAUCGGCUCGAGGCCCGUAGAGAUCAUGUGUAAGCAUUCUUCAUUUCAAUGUUGCUCUUUGCCUGGAAUUCUUUGACAUCCUCUCUCGUCACAUUUCUCCCGGAAUUUGGGCUGGUCAAAACCAAGACACAACAAAAGCAUUCGCCUCUCAAAUCAGUAUUAGAGGAAGAAUUCAAACAUGUUUUCCUGUAUCUAUGCUACACCUUGAUCUGUAACACUAAGACUUGAACAAUGCAAUGCGGUUUUUGAUAGAUUCUCUGGCCCCCAGUGGUUCAUGCAGGAAAGAGCCUGAUCUAAUUCUGGUGGUCCACAGUGGAUUUCAGACCUCUAGAGAUGCAUCCUAGGAUUUGGCAGUUGUCAUUCAGUAUAUAUUUUACACUGAGAGCUGAGGUAAAGGAAAAAAAAGACAAACACAAAAUAGUUUUCAAAACAAAUAAACAGGUUGGUUAAAAAAAAAAAAAAAAAACCAUUGAGAGGAAAUAACCUAGGAUUUGCGGAAGUCCAUUCUGACAUGUGAUUUAAGCGCUUUUUACCAUAAGUGUUAUUUAAGGUUUAAUGAUGAUUGAUGUUUAUUAUUCUUAAAUAGAGGAUCUUUAUGGUUGAGCUGAAGUGUGGUGCGUCUGUGCGUCGGUCGGUCCGUGGGCAUUUCAGAGCACAAGUCUAAAGGGGUUCUCUUUCUCACAUACGUCUUUCCUCGCCAUCUCUGUACCCCUGUCAAAUUCAAAAGGGGAGGGGGCACCACCAUGCUUCUAUAUCUCUAAAAAUGUAAGGGACUUCAUAUUAUUAACUGUAUAUUUACAGCAAGACAAUGUUUAUUCACAGUUAUAUAAACUCCAUUCAGUUAAAAAAAAAAAAGAGACAUAGAAGACCUGAGCUCCAAAUCCGUUCUGAUCUAUUAGAGUCAGAGGCCAUUUACUCAUUAGCAAUUUCCUAAAUUGAAUGCAGACAUCUGAGCCAGACCUAAAGGCCUGCGCUCCAGCUUAUUCAGUCAUUUAUAUUUCAGUGUGACAGAGUGGACAUAAACAAGCCAAGUGGUCAUUUAUGAACCUGGAAAACUUGGCCAGUCAUGGGUCGGCUGAUGAUUGUUGUUGGCAGGGAAACUGGGAUGCAGGUAUAGAAAUGCAUUUUCUGUUGCCAUGACAUUGGCCAGAGAGGUCCUUUUUUUUCUUCUUUCACCCCAUUUGUUGACAUAUGCUCAUGUCACAUCCCUUGAUGCCACAUUAGAAUUUGAAACCAACACAUAACAGAAAGUGGUGCGAUAAUCUUGUGUUUGUAUAGAAUCAGAGGGAAGCACACAGUGUUUGAAGUAGCACCAGUCUGGUGCAUGGCAAAACAGACCGUUUGGCUCCUUCGGUGACAGGUCGACACAGUGCCCUGAAUUAACACGAUCAUGAUGACCUGAUUUGACUGCGUUCACAUAAUGUCCCAUAUGACAACAUUGGAUUUUGUGUGCAUCAUGUAUCUUGCCCCCGCUUUAUUUCUGUCAGUCAGUAUGUUUAGAUGAUCCCAAAACUGAGGUGGAAACCUGUAGGCAGAUCACUACUGUGAGGGAAACAGUAAGUUCAUUGUUAAUAGGAGAUUUUGAUUUCAAAA